AGACGCCUACUCAGUCAGCCCGCCUAGUCUAUUAGCCCCCCGCUCUUUAAUGUUAGUUAACCAGCUAGCCUAACAUACAGUUGUUGUGGCUAACAAAGCUAAUAAAAAAAUGCUAACGUGUAUUGUAGAUAGUUAGCUAUCUCAGGGCUUGGCUUUAAUACCGGCGAAGGCAUAAUAACAUAAUUACUGUUGUUUAUUCCUGUUACGAUAAAAUGGCGGAAAAGCCAGAGGCUGGCGACAGCGAAGACGAGGUUGAAGAUGUUUACGAAGUGGAGAGGAUUAUUGACAUGCGAACGGAGGAGGGGGAGGUCCUGUACCGCGUUCGCUGGAAGAACUACUCAUCUGACGAUGACACCUGGGAGCCUGAGGCCCACCUGGAGGAUUGCAGGGAGGUGCUGCUGGGCUACAAGAGGGCUCUGGCAGAGGCUAAGGUCAAGAAAGACCAAGAUGCUAAGAAGGGCAUGGUAAGUCCUAUCCAGGAGGAUCAUAGCCACCAUAAGAAAGGCUUGAAGCUGCCCAUGAAGAGUGACGUGUUCGAUGCCGACUCUGACAGUGAUAAAGACAAGCCCACAGACCUGCCUGUCAAGAAAAAGAAAAAGAAGAAGCCCCAAGAAGAAGAGGCACUUCCUUCGAAGGAGAAGAGGAAAAAGAAGAAAGACAAGCGCAAGGAGGACUUCAGGCCUCGUCCGGCACCAGAGUCUGAUGAAGAGGAGCUUUCCCCUCCCCCGACCCCGGGCCGCAAUACCAAGAUGUCAGACUCCAAGAAGAGAUUUGUUGAAUCUGAUGAGGAAGAAGCCCCCGUGCCCUCCAAGAAGCACAGGAAGUCCAAGGAAGGAGGAAAGCAUAGGAAAAAAGAUAACAUGGAGGAAGGGAAGAAGAAAAAGACAAAGAAGGAUCAAAGGGGUGAUCUGGAGUCCACCGAAGAUGAGGCCACCGCCCCCCUGGAAGAGGAGCUUAGCGAGGGGCCAUCUGAGUCCCAGACGGAUGAUACCACACCAACUGAAAAGUCUCGCAAUGAUGACAAGCCCAAGAUUAAGAAGGGAAAGUCAGACCUGAGGCUGCAGGGCAUCAAGGACUUCCUUCAGGACAGGAAAGGCAAGAAGCCGGAAACUACUUCGCCCACGCUCUCCACAAGCGGCCUUGCAAAACUCAAGAGCCUCGCCUCCUUCAAGAGCCAGAGCCGGGAUGAGCCCACACCAACCUCUGACUCCAGCGACACUCCAGCCCACGUCCACAAGAAGGCCAAGGGCAAAAGCCAGGAGGCAACUUCUGCACCACCAAAAAUCCCCUCGUCCUCCUCUGGUGCAGGGGCCAGCACCAGCAAGGCCCGAGAGGAGGAGUCUAAAGAGGAAGUGGGCGGGGAUAAGGAACCAGCCACCUCUACUAACCUGUUUGAGAAGUUCCUGCUGAACUGUGAGGCCAAGGACCGCGUUCCCCGCAAACAGAUGGUCCACCAGCCCACCCCUGCAGAGAACACUAAACCACUGAAGCUCAUAGGGAAAGUUGAGAAAAGGACCAAGCCGACAAAGGAGUCACCUGCUCGGAAGCCAGAACCAGACAAGACCAAACAUAAAGACGCAUUUCGGCCCAGUCAGAGCCCUGCUGCUGUGGAGACUAGUGACAAGGCAGAGGAUGAACACGCCCAGAAGUCAAAGUUUGGUGGAGAUGAACGGAGGGAAGAGGCUCAACGCUUGGAGAGGAGGACCCAAGACGAUGACAGAAGGAGGAGGAGGAGGGAAGACAGCGAGCCACGCCUCUUCAUCGCCUGCGACGACAAUCAAGACGCCUUGGAGAGCGCCGACAAGUCUGACAAAGGACAAGCCUCUCUUAACCUUGGAAUGGACCUCAACUUGGACUGGAUGACACUGGAGGACUUUCAGAAACAUUUGAACGGAGAGGAUGAGAUUCUCUCUGCUCCACCGCUAUCUCCCAGUGAGCUGCGGGAUGCAGUGAAAAGCGGGGAUUACAUGUCUGUGAAACUUGCACUCAAUUCCAAAGAGGAUUACAAUCUAGACCAGGAGGCAUGCGCUGUUGAACAGAAGAGUUUAAGUGGCAAAGAGAAGCAUUUAAAUGAGGAAAAGAAGAGUUUAAGUGAUAAUGAAGAGAGGCCUUUAUGUGCAGCAGAUAAUCCUCACCGCAGAGGAAAUCCUCACCGUGAGAGGAGUCCUCUAUACAAAGGGAAUCAUUUACACAAGCAAGAGAAUCCUUCACACGAUGAAGAGAAUCCUUCACACGAUGAAGAGAAUCCUUCACACGAUGAAGAGAAUACUUCAUGUGAUGUGGUGAAGACUUUAUGUGACAUGGAGAGAGCUUUAUGUGACAUAAAGAAUUGUGCUGAAGAGAGCAGUUCAAGUGACGACGAGAACAGUUCAGGUGAUGAGGUAGAAGGACAAAGACUGGAUUCAAAUGUCCCAAGUGGGUCAGAUCCUCUUCCAUCUAAAGCAGAAAGCUCCUGCGAUAAUAAUGUAUCUGAGCAGUCCCUUCAAAAAACCUCACAAGCUAAAAAACCUUGCCGCAAAAAAUGUGUGCCACGGAAAGGUACGAGGUCAAACUUACGUUCUAGCACAAAAAUGACAGUCAGCACAUGUAGUAUGACAGAUGACGGUAAAAGAAAAUGGGACAAAAAGUACUUCUGCCUUUAUUGCAAUGAACCACACCACAAAAUUGCAAGACAUUUAGAAAGGAUGCACGCAGAAGAAGCAGCUGUCGCUCAUGCUAUCAGCUUCCCCAAACUCUCUAAAAUCAGGUCUCUCUUGCUUGACCAACUCCGUAACAAAGGCAACUAUCUACACAACUUGGAAGUUCUUCAAAGUGGAGAUGGAGAAAUUGUCACAAAGAAAAGACCCUCUUACAAUGGUGUUUCUGUGCGUGACUACCUGCCCUGCCAAUACUGCUUAGCUUUUUUCAACAAAAUUGAUUUAUGGAAGCAUGAGGGCUCAUGUAAAGCCAGAAAAGGACAAGAUGAAAAGAGGGGAGGAAAAAGAGUGCGGGUCCAGGCUGCGUCCUCUCGACUUCUUCCACUGCCUGUCUACUCUACUGGAGGGUGUGAAGAAAUAAUACACAAUAUGAAUCAAGAUGACAUUCAAUGCCACAUCAAAAAUGAUCCCCUGAUAUGUAAAUAUGGCAAUGCAUUAUCUGCAAAGCAUGCCCAUGCCAAGUCACAGUUUACCUAUAUUAGUUCAAAAAUGAGGGAAUUGGCUAGAUUUGUACUUACUGUAAAUGAGAUGGACUGUGGUGUCCAAUAUCUGCAUGAAGUAUGUGUACCAUCCAAAUUCAAAUUGGCCGUUCAUGCUGCCAGGAAAAUGAGUGGUCAUGACCCUACCUCCGACAGGUACAAGACCCCAUCUCUUCCUUUAAAGAUUGGCUAUUCCUUGAAAAGAGCUACUGAAAUAGCUUUUGGGGAGAGUCGUAUGACAGAGGACCGUGAGGCAGAGGCACAAGCCAAAAGGUUCAUUGAGCUGCUUGAAAACAAUUGGAAUAACUGUUUUUCCGGUCUGUCCCUGAGUGAUGUCCCUCAGUGUGAUGAAGUUGAUGUGACUUCACUAACUGAGGAUUUGAUUAAACUUCAGAAGUUUCUCAAGGUUGCAGAGGACAGAGCAAAGAGAGAAUUGCUCGAGAGCCCCACCAACGCUGUCUGGAAAAUGCUCAAUGAAACUCUUCUUGCCGAAAUAGCUCUCUUCAACAGAAAAAGGACAGGAGAGGUUGCGAAAAUGCUGUUGGAAACGUACACAAACAGAAAGAAAUCUCCAGCUAGUGCAGAUAUUUUCAAUAGCCUCUCAAGGCUGGAACAGGAGCUUGGUGACGACAAAUUAACCAGGGUGGAAAUAGAAGGCAAAAAUGGUAGAACAAUGCCGGUCCUACUAACGGCGAGGAUGAUCUCAUCUCUUGAGAUCCUAAUUGCAAACCGAGACAAAGUUGGUGUGUCAAAGGACAACCCUUAUGUCUUUGCACGGAGCCCAGAUGCAGCAAGCUACGUCAGAGGGUCUGACUGUUUGAGGAAAUUUGCACGUGCGUGUAAUGCAAAAAAUCCUGAAAGUCUGAUCCAUGCUACAGUGAGGAAAGAGGUUGCUAUCCAUUGCCAAAUUCUGAACUUAAAUGAAAGUGAAUUGGAUCAGGUGGCAAAAUUAUUGGGACAUGACACCCAAGUCCACAAAGAGUACUACAGACUGUCUGAAAACGCAGCACAUCUAGCAGAAAUCAGCAAAUUGCUGCUUGCAAUGGAUCAGGUUCCAGUGGUAAUACCAGGACCAUCUGAGGAAAGGAUUGUUUCACCUACAUAUGGGACAUAUCCAGCAGGGACAGAUUCUGCAAGGACAUAUCCUUCUGGCACAUAUCCCACUGGGUCAUCAUAUCCUACAGGGACAUAUUCAGCGAAGUCAUAUACUGUAGGGUCACAGCCUUUAAGGUCAUAUCAUGCUGGGACAUAUCCUUCAGGAUCACAUUCUCCGAGGUCAUGUUCUGCAGGGACAGAUUCUGCGAGGGCAUAUCCUCCCGGGAUAAAUCCUGCAAGUUCAUAUCCUACUGUGACACAUCCUGCAGAGACCUAUCGAGUAGCUUCAUAUGCUUCAGGGACAUACCUAGCAGAGACGCAUGAUGCAAGGUCAUGUACUGAAAAAACACAACUUGCAAAUGCAUGUCCUGCAAGUCCUUAUGACCUCUCAUCUCCUGCUAGAUCAUUUUCUUCAGGGAUGAAUCCUGUGAGGUCAUAUCCUGCUGGAACAUAUGCUGCGCAGACACUUCCAGCUCAAACACUUCCAGCACGUACAGUUAUUAUACCAACACUUCAUGCGCAGACACUUCCUGCCCAGACGCUUCCAACACAGACACUUCCUGUCGGGGCAGUGCCUGCGGGUGCAGUUCCUGUGGGGGCAGGUUCUGUGGGGACAGGUAAGUUGGGCACAGUGUGGAAACAGAGGAUGUGGAGUGAUGCAGCUAAGGCUGCAGUGAACCGUCAGAUGGGACACUUUAUCUCAAUGAUGGAGGUUCCAGGUAAACGGGACUGUGAAGUUUGCCUGCACAAUGAACCAGCUCUAAGAGACAGGACAUGGAGGGACAUCAAAAACUAUGUGCACAACACAGUAAAAUCUAUAAAACGAAAGAAUGGCCUUACAAGAGUGGACCCCACAAAACAGACAAAGAAAGGAUUGUCAAAGAAACAAAAAGAAACAAUAGAGGCUAAGAGUGCUAAGGACUGGGUUGGUGGAACAAUGACAGUACCUGAACAGGGUCAAGAGGCAGGUCCUGUGGCAACACCAAGGAAACCAAAGAUAUGGAGUAAUGAGGCUCAGGCUGCGGUCAGGCGGCAGCUAGGAGACUUCACUAAACUGAUGAAGAUUCCAGGUAAAAAGGAAUGUGAUGCAUGUCUUGCAGCUGAACCAGCUCUGCAAGGCAGGACAUGGAAAGAUGUAAAAAACUAUGUGCAUAACACAUUAAAGACUAUGUGCAGGAGGCAUAGUUCAGGCAAACAAAACAUGGACCAUGAGAAACCAAGUCCAUAUACACAGAAUCCAGGGAUGCAACAGAAUCCAGGGGUGCAUCAGAAAUCAGGGGUGCCGUUGGGACUUCCAGAAGAGCCUCCUGUUUAUCUGUCCUUGUGAUUACCUUGAACUAGAACCUCCCAGGGUUCAAGGUAAGCAAGGAUGGAGAAAGGAGAAAAUGAUUGCUUUUGAUUUAAUCUGACCAUCCUGGCUCACUCUGAUCUCACUUUAUGGCAUAAAGCAAGAAUUAAGUAGAAUUUGAACCAUAACACUACCUACUUUAUUCAUUGAAGUAUCUGUAGCAACUACAUAGUGACAUUAUGCAUGAACUUGUUCAGUCGAUAAGGGAAUUUUCAGAACUUCUUUUGAAUUGUAGAAUGUCCUUGGCACAGUGUAUUAUGUGGCGCCAAAACUCAAAGUCCUUUGGUAAAGGUCUCACAUUUGCAACCAUGGCGAGAGGAGGCAAGUAAAGAUGGACUCAAACUAAAAAAGGUAUAUUUAACAAUUCCAAUUAUCCUUUUAUAUAAAAUCUGUCAAACUGAAUCUUCUGGGUCAGCAACAAGGCUCAUGGACGCACUUUCGGAAUCCAAACGCACCCCAUGUUUCUGUAAGACCCAUGUUGCAUAAAAAUGCCCAAGAUAACUGACUGAAAUAUAUGCUCCACAUGCAUAGAUAACAUGUACCAAGUACAGUGAAUGUUUUGUUUUCUUCAUAGAGGGAAAAAGUAGUGCAAACCUAGACAGUUAAUCUGAUGACCAUACUUUUUUGAUCACAUUACUGUUAUCCGUUACUUUCAUCAAAUGGAUCUGGAUCCAGAUGUAUAAAAUCUUAUGUGUAUUCUUGCCUGUACCGUUGUAUGUGUAGCUAAUGUAUAUGUGUAGGUUAGGUUUUGAGUUAAAGCAACUGACCAGCAUACCUGGGAAUAUAGCAGGUUAUUUUUAGUAGAUGUGCGGUAUGAAUGGGUUUCAUGGCUCCAGACUGACCAUUUAGUCGCAUUUUGUAACCAUUUGACUUGGCUGUGCAAGAAAAAAAACAUGAUCGCAUCGGUGCGAGCUGCACAUUCUACAUUGUCACCUCACUCAAACCUUCCUAUUUUUUGGGGCAGCUAAAACCAUGAUUUGGUCAAACCGUAAAGAGCCAUAUCCUCAUGAUUCCUGUAAUGUGAACGUCUGUCCCUCUGCCUAUUUCACUGGGGACUGCUGAUGUGAUGAGCAAACCGCUCUCCUCUGGGAGAAAAAGAUUGUUUCUCAUUGUAUAACAUUUCAAAAUGCAAUUGCGAUAAAAACACAGCAUUGGAAGCAACUACCGUAGUCCCUGUCUGUAGGUAUCAUUUUUAUUUCUCAAUAUUGAGCUCUGGAGCAACUAUUUUACAAACAAGCGAUUUGAUAUGGCUUUGCGAUACGGAGUGGUGCACAAAAUGAACAUUGGUUAUUGAGCUGUUUUAUUUUAUUUAACCUUUAUUUCACUGGGCAAGUCAGUUAAUAAAGAACAAAUUCUUAUUUACAAUGACGGCCCCCCGUGAUACAGCCUGGAUUCGAACCAGGGUGUCUGUAGUGACACCUCUAGCACUAAGAUGCAGUGCCUUAGACCGCUGUGCCACUCGGGAGCCCAGUAUUCAGACACCUUUACUUUUUUCCCCAUUUUGUUACGUUACAACCUUUUUCUAAAGUGGAUAAAAUGAAACAUUUUCCUCAUAAAUCUACGUACAAUACCCCAUAAUGACAAAGCAAAAACUGUUUUUUAGAAAUGUUUUUAAAUGGAAGGGAAACAAACAGGAAUACCUUAUUUACGUAACUCGAAAAUGAGCUCAGGUGCAUCCUGUUUCCAUUGAUCAUCCUUUAUGUUUCUACAACUUUAUUGGAGUCCACCUGUGGUAAAUUCAAUUGAUUGGACAUGUUUUGGAAAGGCACACACCUGUCUAUAUAAGGUCCUACAGUUGAAAGUUCAUGUUGGCGUGUUGCCUUUUCAAAUCGUGUUCUUGGGGACCUUCAAUGCUGCAGACAUUUCUUUGGUACCCUUCCCCAGAUCUCUGCCCCGACACAAUCCUACCUCGGAACACUACAGACAAUUCCUUCGGCCUCUUGGUUUUUGCUCUGACAUGCACUGUCAACUGUUGUAGAAACAUCUUGAGGAUGAUCAAUGGAAACAGGAUGCACCUGUGCUCAAUUUCGUCUCAUAGCAAAGGGUCUGAAUACUUACGUAAAUAAGGUAUUUCUGUUUUUUAUUUUUAAUACAUUUUACUAACAUUUCUAAAAAUCUGUUUCCACAAUUUUCACUAUGGAGUAUUGUGUAUUGCUGAGUUUAAAAAAAAUAUUGAAUCAAUUUUAAAAUAAGGCUGUAACGUAACAAAAUAUGGAAAAAGUCAAUGGCCCUGAGUACUUUCCAAAUGGACUGUAUAUCUUGCAUAGCAUCUCUGUAGUCUAUUACACGUCUUAAUAAAACACUAUGACUGACUUUAUAAAAUGCAUUUUUUGGGGGGGGUGAGACCAAAUUAUGGGCUGGUGCCACCAGUUGACAAAUGUUCGUCUGGAGCCCGGGGUUUACGUACUACAUUUGUGCCCGGCUAAGAGUAUGGUUUGAGCUGCUUAAAAUCCACCAAAUACAUUACGAAUGUUUCUUUGGCUGUUCUUGAAUUAGUAUCUUCAGAUGAAGACCCAGACCACCAGCUCCUUUUGAAAAUGUUUAAGUAUUAUAAAUUAGUUAUAAAUACAUGGCACAUACACUAUCCACAUUCAAUUGCUUUUGAAGCAUGGUUGAGUUUAUCAUGGAUAUUUUACUCGUCAUUAACGUUAGUAUUCCUAGCUACCGAUAUGUAUCAUUAUUUUUAUAUGUACUGAACGAAGAUAUAAAUGCAACAAUUUCAAAUAUUUCUCAGUUAUAGUUCAUAAAAGGAAAUCAUUCUAUUGAAGUAAAUUAAUUUGGCCCUUAUCUAUGGAUUUCACAUGACUGGGAAUACAGAUCUGCAUCUGUUGGUCACAGAUACCUUAAAGAAAAGUAGGGGCGUGGAUCAGAAAACCAGUCACUAUAUGGUUUGACCACCAUGUGCCUCAUGCAGCGUGACACAUCUCCUUCCCUACAGUUGAUCAGGCUGUUGAUUAUGGUCUGUGGAAUGUGUCCCACUCCUCUUCAAUGACUGUACGAAGUUGCUGUAUAUUGGCGGGAAUUGGAACACGCUGUCGUACAUGUCAAUCCAGAGCAUCCCAAACAGGCUCAAUUGGAGACAUGUCUGAGUAUGCAGGCCAUGGAAGAACUGGGACAUUUUUAGCUUCCAGGAAUUGUGUACAGAACCUUGCGACAUGGGGCCGUUCAUUAUCAUGCUGAGACCUGAGCUAAUGGCAGCGGAUGAAUGGCACGACAAUGUGCCUCAGGAUCUCGUCAGGAUCUUCACAACAUUGACAUCAGCAAACCGCUCGCGCACACGACGCCAUACACGUUGUUUGCGGUUGUGAGGCCGGUUUGAUGUACUGUCAAAUUCUCUAAAAUGACAAUGGAUUUGGCUUAUGGUAGAGAAAUGUAUUUUUAAUUAUCUGUCAACAGCUCUGGUGGACAUUCCUGCAGUCAACAUACCAAUUGCACGCUCCCUCAACUUAAUCUGUGACAUUGUGUUGUGAAACAAAACUCUACAUUUGAGUGUCCCCAGCACAAGGUGCACCCGUGUAAUGAUCAUGCUAUUUAAUCAUAUUCUUGAUGUGCCACACCUGUCAGCUGCAUGGAUUAUCAUGGCAAAGGAGAAAUGCUCACUAACAGGGAUUUAAUCAAAUUGGUGCACAAUAUUGGAGAGAAAUAAGCUUUUUGAGCAUAUUGAAAAUUUCAGGGUUAUUUUAUUUCCACUCAUGAAACAUGGGACCAACAACUUCAUGUUUAUAUUUUUGUUCAGUUUAUAUUUUUUCAAAGGAUUGAGUUUUAUCAGUAAUUUCAAUCUUCCUUGUUUUUGUUUAUAUUUGCAUCUAGAUGUUAUUUUCUUUACUAAGCCAGAUUCCCCCAGCUGCAUGACACAGUGAGCCAUCUCAGUCCUGGCGAGUUGCUUUGGUGAAAAGGCACUGUUGAUGAGGCUUGCCAGGUGGUCAGAGUUUGCGCUUGAGGACCAUUUGAAAGGUUCUGAAAGGGAAAAAAUCUGUGCACCAGGCAAGGUCAGUGACGUAUCCUAGCAAAGGGCCCAGUUAUGACUGCAUCCAGAUUGUCCACCCUUCUCCCAAAGUGACUGGAAGUGUGCAAAUAAAGUCUUUGAAAGAAGUGUGGAGAAUCCGGAUGCAGCUUGAGUGAUGGCUAAUUGGUUUGGCAAGGACGGGUAGACUUUCCAAUGGCCAUCCCUUUUUGUGGAGGCUCUAACAUGGUUCCUAAACCAAAGUCUUGUUUACAGUCACUAGUAACUUUACUGUAAUGUUCACUAAAGUUGACUUUUCAUCCAAUUUGAGGUAGUUUUCGGUUCUCCAAUCCUCUCAGUUACAAUUGAUAAGUAACUGAAAUGUACUUUGUGGAUUGGAAACGGUUCAUUCAUUCUGCAUGUGGAAUUGGUUUCAGAGAAUCACACAACCUAUUCCUCUUGUACUAAAUUUGAUGUGGUUUAUUAGGCUUUAGCUGUCCAUCUACUUGUUUUAUUACUUCUUGUCAAACGAUAAACCUUUCAACAUUUUAUAUUAAUGUUGCUAUUAUUCACUACUGUCUUAACCAUAUUGAUUUCACAGCAGUUUUAAGUUCCUCAACACUAAUUUAAACAGACUAAGUUGUAUAGGGUUUGAUAGCUGUUGCUUCUCUUAUUUAAUCCACUUGACUACUAUUAUUAUUAUAUUAUUUCAUUACUAUUGAAAGUAAUUGGACCAAGGUUCAUGGAAGAAUCAUGUAAAUAAAUUGCUUAGUUUAGUUAUCAGUUCAUGUUAUAACUGAAACAGCUCUGUUAGGUGUUAACUGAAAAAUAAUCAGGGGUUUCAACCACACCCCACUAUUUACUGUCUAAAGAUGUUUAAAUUGUUUUUUUUCACCAACAUGUAUUUGUUAUCAAGCUGCCUUUCGUUGCCCCCUGGUGCUCAUUGUGUGUAAUCUAAGAUACUAUAUUUGCUUGGUUAAUAAAUUGUUUCUUGACGUAAA